AGGCAUCCUGCCUCACCGUACCCCGUCUCACACAGAGGUACUCUCCCUCAAAGGAAAAUGCAUACAGAAUCCUGUGGAUCCAGCACUGUAGCUCGUGCCGUAAUGGCUAUUUCUUUGUCAUCUACAUUCUUGCCUGUUUUCACCUUCCUGCUCCUCGUCGACUUGGAACCAGCGCUCGGACUGGGGCUGCGUUUGGGAGAUGGUCAGUGGGACCUCCAUAGCUCCUCUCGCUGUAUCCCCAUCCCUUCCAACAUGGCCCUGUGCCACAACAUCGGCUACGGGAACAUGAGGAUGCCAAAUCUACUGGGCCAUGAGUCACUGGGGGAGGCUAUCCAGCAGUCAAUCAGCUGGCUGCCCCUCCUAGCCCGCGAAUGCCACCCUGACGCACGAAUCUUCCUCUGUUCCCUCUUCGCACCCAUCUGUUUGGACAGGUUCAUCUCACCAUGCCGCAGCCUCUGUGAGCUGGUGAGGGACAGCUGUGCUCCUAUCAUGGCCUGCUAUGGCUAUCCCUGGCCUGCCAUUCUUAACUGUGACCAGUUCCCUGCUGACAACCUCAUGUGCGUCUCAUCAGUCCAUAACAGCACCACCUCCCACCCCAACAGCCGAAAAGCUGUACCUCGGGCCAGCUGUAGGGACUGCGAGCUGGAGGAGGCGGCGUCCAUCAGAGAUGCCCUGGAUACUUUCUGUAGGAACGACUUUGUGGUCAAGCUACGUCUCUCACGCCUGAACUCCAGCAGUGUCAGCCUGGCCCAGUUCACACUGACCUCCAGGCUGGAGGUCCUCAAGCAUGGUCCGCUGCUCGGUGGCCAGAUUCGCGCACGACUCCAGCUCUGGCUGGAGCGGGAUGCCACCUGUGUGCGCAACAUGACGCGACGGCAGCAUGCGGGCGGCACCUUCCUGGUGAUGGGCACGGUGCAGGGCGAGCGUCUGGUUGUCAACAAGGCCUACAGCUGGCACAAGCGUGAUCGCAACCUCAUGACUGCAGCACGCAAGUGGAAAAAACACCGGUGCCGAGGAUAGAGGGAUUUGGUGCGAGGGUUCGAGUGAAAGGCACUGGUGUCUGACCUGCACUUGGAUGGGCCUAGGGCAACCUACCUUGAUGUUUCCUAUCUUAGACGACGUACGUUGUGUGAACAUUCUGUCCGCAAAAAAAGGAAAGUGCCCUACCAGUCAUAAUCUGUAGCAGCCAUGUUACAAUGCUGUGAAUGCUUGGAGUGAUGGGUCAUAUCAUGGCCAGAGGGGAGAAGCUAGUCAAGUCUGGUCACCUUUAUUUACAGAGCACAUUUCACACAUCUCAAGUCGAGACAACAUGCUGCAUAUAGCCAAGGAAACGAAACGUCACAUACAAACAGCAAUCGACAUCGAUUCAAAAAGACAGAAAGGAGACAACUCUCACUAGUCAAAGGCCAAAGAAAAUAAAUGUUCGGGCUGAUGUAACAUGUAAAGGCAGGCUAUUCCAAAAUAUGAGUGCAGCUACAGAAAAGGUACGAUCACCUCUCAGCUUUAGCCUAGAUCUGGGCACAUCUACCAAUAACUAGUCUGAGGCUCUAAGGGCACGAUGACGAGAGUCAGCAGAUUGGCCCCAAGCCGUGUAAACAUUUGAAAACAAAAAGCAAAACUUUACAAUCAGCAGGAACAGGAAGCCGGCGCAAAGUGGUUCAAAUAUGCUCAAAUUUAUAAUUGAAGACGGGCAAUCGAUGAGUGACGUACUCCAGUGUAAAGAGAACUGCAACUGUCGGCAAGAUGUUGUAAAACAAUGGAUUAGUAUCUCAAAAUGUACCUCGAAUUGUGGAAAGAAAAGGCUUAACUUUGGAUAGAAUUCUAAGAGUAGCCUUAAAGAACGGAAGAAAUGUGUAUAUCAAAUUUAAAUUAGCUAUCUAAAACCAUUCUGUACAGAAGAUUUACAGCAGAUAGACAGAGCAAUCAGGUCAAGGUAGGCCUUGAAAUAGAAUAGAAAGAGAACAGGAUGAGAUUUUGAAUCUCUGUCAAUUGGUAAGUAAAUUUUUGUAUCGUCUGUGUAACAUUAAAAAAAAAAAAAACAAUGUUGAAAAGCAAUGUCUCCUGAAUAUGGAGCCUAAUAGCAAAAUAUACAGGAAAUACAGUAAGGGCCUCGGGGCUGAACCUUGUGGAACUCCACAUGUAAGAGCAAUCACCUAGUCUUACUGAGAACCUUCUACCUGUAAGAAAUGUCUUAAACCAAAGCAACUGAGACGAGAGGUCAAAAUGUCACGAUCGACUAAACAGAGGAUGAAUUCCAGAGAGAACCCAUUAGCCCCCAUUAUGUGCAAAAGGGUUCCUGAAAUCCUCCUUAUCGAGGCUGUAUUGUCAUAUGUGGGCAGAGAAUGGGUCAAGGGUUCUUAAGUGUCCUCCAACCACCAGAAGAGUUUCGGUUUCUGGAUUUUCUUGAGGGCCAAACAAUAGGGGUCAAUUCUUGCGAGUCAUCCCAGCAUCAUUAAUGACAAAAGCUUUUUUGUUCUCUCAACACAUAGCAGAUAUACAUGUGUAAAUUACUUAAAUUAUAUACAGAAUUUACUUAGUGACCUUGCUCCAAUGUUGAUAAUCUUACAAGGUUUCUUUUACUGUGUUUUUAGUUACCAUAAAAGAAAAUAUAAUUUGUUUAAUAAUGUCUAUAUUUUAAAAACAAUUAUUCGAGUCUAUAUAUGUAAGAAAUAAAGUGAAACUGAAGGAGUGCUUUGUGUAUGCUAA